CUGCGGUUCGGGGCGGCGCGAGCGCGCAGUCCUCGUCCGGGUCGGGCUGGGCGUCGAGCUGCGAGCGGCGGCUUGCUGAGGCGCUGUGGCGGGGCCGCUGUGUGGGGCGGCGGCGGCGGCCGGACAGGGGCAGCCCAGGCCGGGGGCCGGGAGAGGCAGGGCCCGGAUGGGGGUGACUGUGGCCGGCGGCUGAUUUCCCCACCCCCACCCCUCUCCUCGGGGAGCGAUGUCGAAUCCAGGGACCCGGAGAAACGGCUCCAGCAUCAAAAUCCGGCUCACAGUAUUAUGUGCCAAGAAUCUUGCAAAAAAAGAUUUCUUCAGACUUCCUGAUCCAUUUGCAAAAAUAGUAGUAGACGGAUCAGGUCAGUGCCAUUCAACUGACACUGUGAAGAACACAUUAGACCCCAAGUGGAACCAGCAUUAUGAUCUAUAUGUUGGGAAAACAGAUUCUAUAACCAUCAGUGUAUGGAAUCACAAGAAAAUACACAAGAAACAGGGAGCUGGCUUCCUGGGGUGUGUCCGUCUCCUUUCCAAUGCCAUCAGCAGACUAAAAGAUACUGGAUACCAGCGUUUGGAUCUAUGCAAAUUAAACCCCACAGAUACUGAUGCAGUACGAGGCCAAAUAGUGGUCAGUUUACAGACACGGGACAGAAUAGGCUCAGGAGGUUCUGUGGUAGAUUGUAGAGGGCUGUUGGAAAACGAAGGAACGGUUUAUGAAGAUUCUGGACCUGGAAGGCCACUCAGCUGUUUUAUGGAGGAACCAGCACCAUAUACAGAUAGUACUGGUGCUGCUGGUGGAGGAAAUUGUAGGUUUGUGGAAUCUCCUAGUCAAGAUCAGAGGCUUCAGGCACAGCGACUUCGAAACCCCGAAGUCAGAGGUCAUGUACAAACACCUCAGAAUAGACCACAUGGUCAUCAGUCACCUGACCUACCUGAAGGUUAUGAACAAAGGACAACGGUACAGGGACAGGUUUAUUUUUUGCACACACAGACUGGAGUUAGUACGUGGCAUGACCCCAGGAUACCAAGAGACCUUAACAGUGUGAAUUGCGAUGAACUCGGACCUCUGCCACCGGGUUGGGAAGUGAGAAGUACAGUAUCUGGAAGAAUAUAUUUUGUAGAUCACAAUAACAGAACCACACAGUUCACAGACCCAAGAUUACAUCACAUCAUGAACCAUCAAUGCCAACUAAAAGAACCGAGCCAGCCUUUGCCAGUCCCAAAUGAGGGGUCAUUAGAAGAUGGUGAGGAGUUGCCUGCACAAAGAUAUGAAAGAGACUUAGUACAGAAAUUAAAAGUCCUUAGACAUGAACUCUCUCUUCAGCAACCACAAGCUGGUCACUGCCGCAUUGAAGUAUCCAGAGAAGAAAUAUUUGAGGAGUCCUACCGUCAGAUAAUGAAGAUGAGGCCAAAAGACUUGAAAAAGAGGCUGAUGGUGAAAUUUCGAGGAGAAGAAGGCUUGGAUUAUGGUGGAGUGGCAAGAGAGUGGUUGUAUUUACUGUGCCAUGAAAUGUUGAAUCCCUAUUAUGGACUCUUCCAGUACUCUACUGACAAUAUUUACAUGCUGCAAAUCAAUCCAGACUCUUCUAUCAAUCCUGAUCACUUGUCAUAUUUCCAUUUUGUUGGUCGGAUAAUGGGUUUAGCUGUGUUCCAUGGACACUACAUCAAUGGGGGUUUCACAGUUCCCUUCUACAAACAGCUGCUGGGGAAACCCAUUCAGCUAUCUGAUCUGGAAUCUGUUGACCCAGAACUGCACAAGAGUUUAGUUUGGAUUUUAGAGAAUGACAUCACCCCAGUGUUGGACCAUACUUUCUGUGUGGAACACAAUGCUUUUGGGCGCAUUCUGCAGCAUGAGCUCAAACCAAAUGGCAGAAAUGUUCCUGUUACAGAAGAGAACAAGAAAGAAUAUGUCAGGUUGUAUGUAAACUGGCGAUUUAUGAGAGGAAUUGAGGCACAGUUUCUGGCUCUACAAAAAGGCUUUAAUGAACUUAUUCCUCAACACUUACUAAAGCCUUUUGACCAGAAGGAGCUUGAGCUAAUAAUAGGAGGCCUGGAUAAGAUAGACCUGAAUGACUGGAAGUCAAACACGCGUCUAAAGCACUGCAUGGCAGAUAGCAAUAUCGUAAAGUGGUUCUGGCAAGCCGUGGAAACGUUUGAUGAGGAAAGAAGGGCGAGGCUGUUACAGUUUGUGACUGGGUCCACACGUGUCCCUCUUCAAGGUUUCAAGGCUUUGCAAGGUUCUACAGGCGCUGCAGGACCCAGGCUGUUUACCAUCCAUUUGAUAGAUGCAAAUACAGACAACCUUCCAAAAGCCCACACUUGCUUUAACCGGAUUGACAUUCCGCCUUAUGAGUCAUAUGAGAAGCUUUAUGAGAAGCUACUGACAGCCGUGGAAGAGACAUGUGGAUUUGCUGUGGAGUGAAGAGGCAACCAAAGGAAACAGACACUAGCUCAUGGACCACCAGAUCAAAAGCUAGAAGAAGCUUGCUGUGAACUUCCUGCUAAGCUGUCUGAAGCAUUGGAACACUAGACAACUUAGAGAGAUGGGGUUGUUUCCCCUCCUUUGUUGGUGGGGGGAGGGGGCUUUUGGUGGUGGUUCCCAGCCAUUUUCUCCCCUUUGUUACAAUAAUCCCCACCCUCUUCUUCCAUCCCCAUAAAAUGAAAUGCAGCCAAGUUCAGCAUUUGGCUUUGAUUACACCAGAUAUUCUGCUAGACUUGUAACACAUAUUGUGAUAGGGUCAAUGACCUGUGGUCUUUUUAUAGGAGUAUCAAUCUGUAGUUGAGUAUCUGAGCUUGGUUUGCUGAGGACUUGCAACUGGUAGGAGUACCUGGCUAUUUUGUCUUAAAGCAAGUUUGAGCCUCUUGUAGAGUCCAGCAGCUAUUGACUAUCUGACUGGCACUGGAAUUCAGAAUUGCACGUUUUAAACACCUGUUAAACAAACAAACUUCUAGCAGAAAAUAAAACUCCAUAUGCACGUGUAACGGAAGUUCUGCCUUAGCAGGAAGCUCUCAGUGAAAGUAGUGGUUCACAUCUAGAAAAAUGAAGGAAUCCGGGGCAGCUUAAUUGGUGUAUAUUAUUUCUUUUUGGAUGUCCUGGUUGAAAUUUAAUUGUUUUGCACAUGGGAAAAAUAUUUCUCCUGCAGAUUCACUUACCAUAGUCUGUCCAAAUUUAAGUACUUUGCAAAGAAGCUUGGUAAAGAGAAAGCAAACAGACAAAAUUUUCAAAUCAGAUAAAUCCAAAAAGCUGUGAUUUCUGUGCCACUGUUUUAUCUGAGAGACACUUGUGAGUUGAAAUUCUAAAAGAUUUUAUGAGGAAAUUGCUAAAAGCUAAGCUAAUGGAACAAAGUUCUGUUCUUAAGUCAUAAGCCUUGUGAAAGGUGUAUUUGAGGGGAAGGUAAAAGGAUAACUAUAUAGUGAAUAAAGUCUAAACUUUACGUAAAGCUAUUGGAAGGUUUUAUCUUUUAAGUUCUAUAGAAAUGGAAAUUACUCCAGAGUGCCACAUAUGGAAUUUUUUCCACUGUCUGAAACUAAUGUUAAAGGUUGGUACUCUAACUCAUUUGCUAAAAUGGAUUCCCAGUGCAAGGGGAAACCAAAGCAAAUCAAGUACUUGGGUCAAAUAACAUUUCUUCCAAUUUGCACACCAAGAUAAGACAGUAUUUUAACAAAA